CCGGCCAUCUCAGGCUGAACGGAACCGCCGCCGCGACUCGCCCUCAUGUCCGCCUCGGAGGAAACCGACGGGGCGGGCGUGGCCCGGCCCCACUACGGCUCUGUCCUGGAUAACGAGAGGAUGACAGCAGAAGAGAUGGAUGAGCGGAGACAUCAGAAUGUGGCCUAUGAAUAUCUCUGUCACUUGGAAGAAGCCAAGAGGUGGAUGGAGGCCUGCCUCAAUGAAGAGCUGCCCCCCACAACCGAGUUGGAAGAGGGGCUCAGGAACGGGGUCUAUCUGGCCAAACUUGGAAACUUUUUCUCCCCAAAAGUAGUAUCUCUCAAGAAGAUCUAUGAUCGUGAGCAGACCAGAUAUAAGGCUACAGGCCUCCACUUCCGGCAUACAGACAAUGUGAUUCAGUGGCUGAAUGCAAUGGCUGAAAUCGGCCUUCCCAAGAUUUUUUACCCAGAAACAACAGACAUCUAUGACCGGAAGAACAUGCCACGUUGCAUCUACUGUAUUCAUGCACUCAGUCUGUACCUGUUCAAGUUGGGAUUGGCUCCACAGAUUCAGGACCUGUAUGGCAAAGUGGACUUCACAGAGGAGGAAAUCAGUAACAUGAGGAGUGAGCUGGAGAAGUAUGGAAUUCAGAUGCCUGCCUUUGGCAAGAUUGGUGGAAUUCUGGCCAAUGAGCUCUCUGUGGAUGAAGCAGCAUUGCAUGCAGCUGUGAUUGCCAUUAAUGACGCCAUAGACCGCCAGGUUCCUGCUGAAACCUUUGCAGCCAUGAAGAACCCCAAUGCCAUGUUGGUGAAUCUUGAUGAGCUCCUGGCACCAGUAUAUCAGGACACCCUGUCUCAGGCCAAGCAGGACAAGACAGGAAAUGCGCGAAACAGGAUUGCCUCUGAAGAUAUGGAAAGAGAAAGGGACGUGUACGAAGAGCUGCUGACUCAGGCAGAGAUUCAGGGCAACAUCAACAAAGUGAAUACACGUUCAGCCUUGUCUAAGAUUGAUCUGGCUCUGGACCAAGGUGACGCUGCAGCUUUGUAUGAAGCAUUGUCAUCAGCAGCCCUGGGACUCCGCGGACUGCGUCAGGAAAACAGUGACUGGUAUUUCAAACAGCUUCUGCGAGAGAAGCAACAAAAACAGGAGGUUGGCAAAGGUGGCUCCCUGCACAAGGAGGAGUUGCAGGCUGGGGUGGACAUGGCCAACAGUGCGGCCCAACAGUACCAGCAGCGGUUGGCAGCUGUGGCAAGGAUCAAUGUGGCCAUCCAUAAUGGCCUUUCUGAGAAGACAGUGGUGGAGCUGAUGAACCCUGAAGCCCAACUGCCCCCAGUCUAUCCUUUUGCUGCUGAGCUGUACCAGAGGGAACUGGCCACGCUGCAGCACCAGAGCCCAGAUGGUAACCUCACACACCCAGAACUUUCUGUAGCUGUGGAGAUGCUCUCUUCAGUGGCCCUAAUCAACCGGGCCCUGGACUCGGGGGACAUAAAUAUGGUCUGGAAGCAACUGAGCAGCACAGUAACUGGUCUGACAAAUGUUGAGGAUGAAAAUUCCCAGAGAUACAUUGAUGACUUGCUGAAGCUGAAGACUCAGGUGAGGGCUGAAGGCACAGAGUUCAUCACAUGGAAUGAUAUCCAGUCAUGUGUUGACCGUGUGAACAUUGCGGUGCAUGAAGAACAUGAGAGGAUCUUAGCAAUUGGAUUCAUCAAUGAGGCUUUGGAUGAAGGAGAUUCUAAAAAGACCUUGCAGGCACUACAGAUUCCUGCAGCAAAACUGGAGGGGGUGACUGCCAAAGUAGCACAACAUUACCAAGAUGUGCUGCUCCGUACAAAGAGAGAGAAAGCUCAGGAAACCCGGGAUGAAACUGCUGUUCUCUGGCUGGAUGAAAUUCAGGAUGGGAUUCAUCAGUCAAACAGGGACACAGAAGAAGCACAAAGGUUUUCCUUAGGAAUUUUGGCCAUUAAUGAGGCAGUGGACCAGGGUGAUGAUGGAAAAACUCUUAGCUUCCUGCGUUCAGCUGAUGUUGGACUGUAUGGUGUAACCCCAGAAUGUGCAGUUACAUACCAACAGGAACUGGAACAAGUCAAGAGAACAAAACUGGCUGCAGGGGACAAUGGUAGUGAGUGGACGAAACACUGGGUAAAGGGAGGCUACCAUUAUUACCACAACCUACGCACCAAAGAAGGAGCCUGGGAAGAGCCCCAAGGAUUUGUACAGAAUAGUACACAGCUCUCCCGGGAGGACAUCCAGAGUGCCAUCUCAGCAGUGACUGCUGCAUACAACCGAGAACAGCUCUGGCUGGCCAACGAGAACCUGAUCAGCAGGCUACAGGCUUGCUGCCGUGGCUACCUCAUUCGCCAGGAGUUCAACACCAGGAUGCAUUUCUUGAAAAAACAAGUUCCGGCCAUCACUUGCAUCCAGUCUCAGUGGCGUGGCUACAAGCAACGGAAGGGAUACCAAGAUCGCUUGAAGUACCUGCAAGCACACAAGGAUGAAGCAGUGAAGAUUCAAGCAAUGACAAGGAUGUAUCAGGCCCGAAAGCGGUACAAAGAUCGGCUGCAGUACUUCCGAGAUCAUAUCAAUGACAUUGUGAAAAUCCAAGCCUUCAUACGUGCUAAUAAAGCUCGUGACGACUACAAAACCUUAAUUAAUGCUGAAGACCCACCUAUGGCUGUUGUCCGGAAGUUUGUCCACUUGCUGGAUCAAAGUGAUCAAGAUUUUCAAGAGGAACUAGACCUAAUGAAACUGCGUGAGGAGGUUGUGACCUUGAUUCGAUCCAAUCAGCAACUGGAGAAUGACCUCAACCUCAUGGAUAUAAAAAUUGGGUUGCUGGUAAAAAACAAAAUCACACUGCAGGAUGUUGUGUCUCACAGUAAGAAGCUUACUAAAAAGAAUAAAGAGCAACUCUCAGACAUGAUGAUGCUAAACAAGCAGAGGGGAGGCUUGAAGGCUCUGAGCAAAGAGAAGAGAGAAAAGCUGGAGGCCUAUCAACAUCUAUUUUACUUGCUUCAGACCAAUCCAACUUACCUGGCUAAGUUGAUUUUCCAAAUGCCACAGAACAAAUCUACGAAGUUCAUGGACUCUGUGAUCUUCACACUGUACAACUAUGCAUCAAAUCAGAGAGAAGAAUACCUGUUGCUGCGCCUCUUCAAGACUGCACUGCAGGAAGAGAUCAAAUCAAAGGUGGAUCAAUUACACGAGAUUGUAACUGGAAACCCCACCGUGAUCAAGAUGGUGGUGAGCUUCAACCGUGGUGCUCGUGGACAGAAUGCCUUGAGGCAGAUUCUAGCCCCCGUUGUGAAAGAGAUCAUGGAAGACAAGUCUCUCAAUAUCAAAAUUGAUCCAGUGGAUAUAUACAAAUCGUGGGUCAACCAGAUGGAGUCACAGACUGGAGAGGCCAGUAAGCUGCCUUAUGAUGUUACACCAGAGCAAGCCCUGGCCCAUGAAGAGGUGAAGACACGCCUGGAUACCUCCAUCAGGAACAUGCGGACAGUAACAGACAAGUUCCUGGUGGCCAUCAUCAGCUCCCUGGAAAAAAUCCCUUAUGGAAUGCGCUUCAUUGCCAAAGUCCUGAAAGAUUCUCUACACCAAAAAUUUCCUGAUGCUGGAGAGGAUGAACUGCUGAAGAUUGUAGGCAACCUUCUGUACUAUCGCUAUAUGAACCCAGCCAUUGUCGCUCCUGAUGCCUUUGACAUCAUUGACCUGUCAGCUGGGGGACAACUGACUACAGACCAACGGCGAAACCUUGGUUCUAUUGCAAAAAUGUUGCAGCAUGCAGCAUCAAAUAAGAUGUUCCUGGGGGAUAAUGCACAUCUUGGUAUCAUUAAUGAAUAUCUAUCUCAGUCCUAUCAGAAAUUCAGGCGCUUUUUCCAGGCUGCUUGUGAGGUCCCAGAACUGCAAGAUAAGUUUAAUGUUGAUGAGUAUUCUGACUUGGUGACUCUGACAAAGCCAGUGAUUUAUAUUUCCAUUGGAGAAAUCAUCAAUACACACACGUUGCUUUUGGAUCACCAAGAUGCAAUCGCCCCUGAGCACAAUGACCCUAUUCAUGAACUUCUGGAUGACCUGGGGGAAGUUUCCACCAUUGAAUCUCUGAUAGGAGAGGGGUCAGGCAGCACAAAUGAUCCCAGUAAGGAGAUGUUAGCCAAAACAGAAGUUUCUCUCACACUGACUAAUAAGUUUGAUGUUCCUGGAGAUGAGAAUGCUGAGAUGGAUGCAAAGACAAUUCUUUUGAACACAAAGCGUUUAAUUGUAGAUGUAAUCCGCUUCCAGCCAGGAGAGACAUUGACUGAGAUUUUGGAGACUUCCGCUGCUUCUGAGCAGGAAAUUGAGCACCAAAGAGCUAUGCAGAGACGCGCUAUUCGAGAUGCCAAAACCCCUGACAAGAUGAAGAAGUCAAAAGCAGUCAAAGAGGACAGUAACUUGAAUCUUCAAGAGAAGAAGGAGAAGAUCAAAUCAGGGCUUAAGAAGCUGGCUGAGCUGGGCAUAGUGAACCCAAAGAACAGAUACCAGGACUUGAUCAAUGAUGUUGCAAAGGACAUCCGGAAUCAGCGGCGAUACCGCCAACGGAGAAAAGCAGAACUAGUGAAGCUGCAGCAAACCUACAAUGCACUAAACUCCAAGGCUACUUUUUAUGGGGAACAGGUGGAUUACUACAAGAGCUACAUCAAAACUUGUUUGGAUAACUUGGCCAGCAAGGGCAAGGUCUCAAAAAAACCACGGGAGAUGAAAGGAAAGAAGAGUAAGAAGAUUUUCCUGAAAUAUACAGCAGCCCGACUCCACGAAAAGGGUGUCCUGCUAGAGAUUGAGGACCUGCAAGGCAGCCAAUUUAAAAACGUGAUAUUUGAAAUUGGACCAACAGAAGAAGUCGGAGAUUUUGAGGUGAAAGCAAAGUUCAUGGGUGUUCAGAUGGAGACAUUUAUGCUGCAUUAUCAGGAUCUGUUGCAGCUACAGUAUGAAGGUGUGGCUGUCAUGAAGUUGUUUGACCGUGCAAAAGUGAACGUUAAUCUCCUCAUUUUUCUCUUGAACAAGAAGUUUUAUGGAAAGUAACAUCUGUUCUUUGGAAGUCUUGAAAGGGAGCUUUUAUGCCCAGGGACUAAGCCCUCUCCAGCAGAGACGGAUCCACCCAUUGGAUGAAGUCUCUAUCUAUUUGCACCCCGUAUUGCUGCACCAGCUCAUGCAUGCUUUUUCUUGUGUACUCUUCCAGUGCUACAAUGAAUUAAACCUUUAUUAGUCUCUC